CGGCAAGGGCCCAGCUUGCAGGCGGAGAGCUUUUUCUAGGAUCCGGUUCCCAGCUCUGGACUGUUUCACUGUCCUCAAAUUCUUGGAUUUGAGCGGUGAGUUGGUCGCGUCGGAGGAAUUCAUCAACGCCAGAUUUGGAGUCAACAUAUGAAACCAACAAUGUAUUUUCUGGAAAGGAUGUUUUUGAAAUGAAUACUUCCCAAUGGGAGAUGAAAGGAAAAAAACCCUUGGCCUUGAGGCAUUCAUUUUGAGAAAUAAUUGGAAGUGCAAAAGCAAAGUUGAAGGAUUACAGGAACAUCAAAAGGGAUACUUUGAUCAAGUACUAAUCAACUAUGAAAAAAUACCCACAUACAACAAAAGUAACCCUCUUAUCCCACACCAGGGAAUUCAUAAAAGAGAAAAAACCUUUGCUUGUUGUGAGGAAUGUGAGAAAACAUGUAGCCACAGCUUAAAACUUGGCCAACGUGAGAGAACUCGUACAGCUGAAAAAUAUUUUGAAUGUAAAGAAUGUGGGAAGAAUUUUUUUAGUGCUUAUCAAUUUACUGUUCAUCAGAGAUUUCAUACUGGUGAGAAACCCUAUAAAUGCAGCGAAUGUGGGAAGACUUUUAGCUGGAGCACCAGCCUGGUUAAACAUGAGAGAAUCCAUACUGGUGAGAAACCCUAUGCAUGCAAAGCAUGCGGGAAGGCCUUUAGUCAUGGUUAUCACCUUACUCAACAUCAGAAAAUUCAUAUUGAUGUGAAAUCUUAUGAAUGUGAGGAAUGUGGGAAGGCCUUCUUUUGGAGCCCAAGCCUUGCUAAACAUGAGAGAGUUCAUACAGCUGAGAAACUUUAUCAAUGUAAAGAAUGUGGGAAGGCUUUCAGUCAUGGUUAUCACCUAACUCAGCAUCAGAAAAUCCAUACUGGUAAGAAACCUUAUGAGUGUAAGGUAUGUGGUCAAGCUUUCUCUUGGGGCUAUCAACUUACUUAUCAUCAAAUAUUCCAUACUGGUGAGAAACGCUAAAAAUGUAAGGACUAUAGGAAGGGUUUUAACUGUGGAUCAAGUCUUGUCCAACAUGAAAGAAUCCAUACUGGCAAGAAACCUGAUGAAUACAAAGAAUGUGGGAAGGCCUUUAGCUGUGUCUAUUACCUCACUUAACACCAGAAAAUCUAUUCUGGUGAGACUGUCUAUGAAUGUAAGGAAUGUGGGAAGGCCUUUAGUUGGGGUUCAAGUCUUGUUAAACACGGAAGAGUCCACACUGUGGAAAAAUCCAAUGGAUGCAAAGAACAUGGAAAGGUUUUAAGCCAUGGCUAUCACCUUACUCAACAUAAGAAAAUUCACACUGGUAAGAAAACUUUUAAAUGUAAAGAAUGUGGGAAGGCCUUUAGUUGGGGUUAGCUUGUUAAAUAUGAAAGAGUCUAUGCUUACAAAAAAUCCUAUCACUGUGAACCAUAUGAGAAGACCGUCGAUAGUGUCUAUCAUCUAAAUGUUCAUCAGAUU